GGCGUGAACCUGCCCGGCCUCAUCGUGGAGCUGCCGGCGCUGUCGGAGAAGGACAAGCGCGACCUGGAAUGGGGCGUGGAGCUCGACAUCGACUUCAUCGCGGCGUCCUUCAUUUGCAAGACCAGCGACGUGCACGAGAUCCGCGCGUUCGUUAACGAGUGCAUUAAGAAGACUAAGUACAUCGCGCCCAAGAUCAUCUCUUAG